AUGUCCGCACGCCGGAAACGAUCAUCUAGCUCGCCUGAACGUGAUGCUCGGCAGGUCGGCUUCAGCGCAUCGACGCCUGGAGCAGAACAGCCCAAGAGGAACAAGGUGACAAGCGAAGUAGAUGAAGUAGAAUUGAUAGCGCCGAGUGACGCGUGGACCGUGGAUACGUCAACUAUCUUUUCGCCAAAGGAGAAUAGGGGCAUUAGAAUCAUUUGUAUCGUGGAGAAGCUGCGAGUGCAUUACGAUAUAGAUGUUCUACCGACAUAUAUCGGAUCAUGUGCGCUGGUAAAAGAUCCGGCGCACAGCAUACUUGGAAACGGAGAGCACCAAAUCCCCUUAAAGCCGGGACUUGGCUCCGAUUUCAAUCACUUCCUGAAACUCGGCGUUCUCCAGCCGAUGGGCGGCGGGCAAGCACCUUUAGAUUCAAUCAUUGUUAUCGAUGCACAUGACAGAAGACGACUUCUUGUGCCUUUUGGCUGGGGAGCCGGACGACAUGUCAUGGAUGCAACUGGUGGGAAGGUCAUUAUCGAGAGGAUGACACGUACUCUUAUCCAUGCGCUAGGAGAUUUGCUGCAAAGUAAAUAG